AUGAAUCCGCAAAUGUCUGCCUACGGGCAAUAUCCGCCACAAGGCUGGCCGCAACAGCAAAACGUUCCCCAGCCGGGAGGACCACCACCAGGUCCGAUGCCAACCAUGAACGGAGCGCAAACGAACCCGCAACAGUUGGCUAGCCAGAUGCAAAACAUGGCCCUGGCGGGUCCGCCACAGCAGCAUGGGCCACCGCCGCCAAAGAUGGGCGUUUCGAAUAUGAAUGGACCCGCCAUGGGAGGGCCACCACCGGCGAGCUUUCCCAAUCAACAGGCCCCAAUGGUAAGGCCACCGUCUGCAGGUGGACCUGUGCCGGGAGGAUAUCCUCCACCGGCUCAACCCGGUGGUCCUACGAUGGUGAGUAAUGGGCCCGGACCUGGUCAACCAGGUGCUGUGCGACCACCGAUGCCACCCAUGGCCGGCGGGGGUUAUGGUCAAACCAAUGGCCAUUCGAUGGCUCCUCCCGGCCAAUCUGCCCCAUCCGGUCAACAAUUCGGGGGACCCGUGCCACCGAUGGCGGCACCAGGGACUGGUCCCCCACCACGUCCCGGACAACCAUUCGCACCACAACCGGGUAACGCUUAUCAGCAACCACCGCAACAGCAAGCGGCCACUUACCCACCAACUGGUGGGCCACCAUCUUUUGGAGCGGGCACUGUGGGUCCUUCUCCACCACAACAGCAAUAUCCGGGCCCUCCGAUGCCAGGACAACAGAUGCCUCAACAUCAACAGCAGCAGUCGGUGCCGCCGCAACAACCGCCUAUGGGUUUCCCACCGCAGGCCGGACAAAUGCCACCGAUGGGCGGUCAAAUGCCACCGAUGGGCGGUCAAAUGCCACCCAGGGGUUAUAACCAAAUGCCCCCUGGCGCGGGCUACAACCAGAUGCCACCAAUGCCGGGUCAGCAGCAGCAACAGCAACCACAGCAGCAGCAACAGCAACAGCAGAUGCAUCCACAACCGCAGUUCCAUCAUCAGGGCGCGGGCAUGAUGGGAGGACAUUAUCCUGCCCCACCACCGGCGGCACCGCAGCAGAAGCGGCUCGAUCCGGAAAGCAUGCCCAACCCGAUCCAGAUGAUGCAGGAUAACCAGGAGAGCUGUGGUGGCAUCUUCUCGACAAACCUACCCGGUGAGGUUCCGCCGCUGGUGACGACCAAGUUCGUGACGCAGGACCAGGGCAAUGCGAGCCCGCGUUUCGUGCGUUCGACGAUGUACAACAUUCCGCAGACGGCCGAUAUGCUGAAGCAGUGCGCCGUUCCGUUCGCGCUCAUUAUUUCGCCUUUUGCGCGCACUGUUGGUGAUGAGAUGGCACCUCCGGUCGUGGAUUUUGGUGAGAUGGGCCCGAUUCGAUGCAUCCGCUGUAAGGCGUACAUCUGCCCGUCGAUGCAGUUCCUCGAUGGAGGCCGCCGGUUCCAGUGUCAGUUCUGUAAGGCGACUUCCGACGUGCCGGCCGAGUACUUCCAGCAUCUUGAUCACACCGGUCAGCGUAUGGAUAAGUACGAGCGACCGGAGCUUGUGCUCGGUACGUACGAGUUUGUCGCAACGAAGGAGUACUGCCGCAACAACACGCCCCCGAAGCCACCGGCGAUGGUCUUCCUGAUCGACGUGUCGUACAACAACGUCAAGUCGGGGCUGGUGCAGUUGCUGUGCACGCAGAUGAAGAACAUCAUCCGGAACCUGCCGGUUGACGGAGAACGUCCACGCACGGCCAUGAAGGUUGGCUUCAUCACGUACAACAGCUCGGUGCACUUCUACAACCUGAAGAGCACGCUCGCCCAGCCCCAGAUGAUGGUGGUGGGUGAUCUGCAGGAGAUGUUUAUGCCACUGCUCGAUGGCUUCCUCGUCGAUCCGGAGGAAUCCGCCACCGUGAUCGACGCGCUCAUGGAGCAGAUCCCGAAGAUGUUCGAGGAUACGCGCGAAACCGAGACGAUUCUGUUGCCGGCGUUGCAAGCCGGACUCGAGGCACUCAAGGCGUCCGAUUGCGUCGGCAAACUGUACGUGUUCCAUUCGACGUUGCCGAAUGCGGACGCACCGGGCAAGCUGAAGGCCCGUGAAGACCGCAAGCUGUUGGGAACGGAUAAGGAGAAAACGGUCCUCACACCACAAUCGACCAUCUACAACAUGCUGGCGCAGGAUUGCGUCGGCGCGGGUGUAUCCGUUGAUUUGUUUGCGUUCAACAAUGCGUACAUCGAUCUGGCGACGAUCGGGCAGGUGGCCCGGUUGACCGGUGGUGAGGUGUACAAGUACACCUACUUCCAGGCCGACAUUGAUGGAGCGCGGUUGGUGAGAGAUUUGAUCAAGAACAUUUCGCGCCCGAUCGCCUUCGAUGCGGUGAUGCGCGUGCGCACCUCGACUGGCGUACGUCCGACCGAUUUCUACGGACACUUCUUCAUGUCCAACACGAAGGACAUGGAAAUCGCCAGCAUCGAUUGCGAGAAAGCCGUCUCGGUGGAGGUGAAGCACGACGACAAGCUGACGGACGACCUGGUGCUGAUCCAGGUAGCGCUCCUGUACACGUCCUGCUCCGGUCAACGCCGGCUACGGGUGCACAAUCUCGCCCUAAAGACGUGCUCGUCGCUAAUGGAUUUGUUUCGGUGCUGCGACCUCGACACGACGCUGCUGUACUUCGCCAAGCAGGGCCUCACCAAGCUGAUGGACAACAACCCGAAAGCGGUGAAGGACGCAAUCGUGCACCGAGCGGUACAGCUGCUGGCGUGCUACCGGAAGCACUGUGCCUCACCGACCUCAUCCGGUCAGCUGAUCCUGCCCGAGGGCAUGAAGUUGCUGCCGCUUUACGUCAACUGUUUGCUGAAGAACGACGCGUUCUCGGGCGGAUCGGACAUCUCGAUCGAUGAUCGCUCGUACGUGAUCUACUACGUGAUGAGCAUGGAUCUGCCCACCUCGGUGCAGUACUUUUAUCCGCGCUUGAUCCCACUGCACGAUGUCAACGUGGACGCUGGGGACACCGUCCCGGCCUCCAUCCGUUGUACCGGCGACAAGAUGCACGAAGAUGGUGCAUACAUUUUGGAAAACGGUGUUCAUAUGUUUAUGUGGCUCGGGUUGUCCCUUUCCUCCGAGUUCACGCAGUCGGUGUUUGGGGCGCAGUGUACGCAGCAGAUCGACACCGAUCGUACGGGUUUGCCAGUAUUCGAUAAUCCUCUAUCCAAGCGUGUUCGUGGCAUCGUCGACAAGAUCCAGGCGGAGAAGCGCCGGUGCAUGCGGCUGACGUUGGUGAAGCAGCGCGAUAAACUCGAGAGCGUAUUGCGGCACUUUUUGGUGGAGGAUCGUGGCACCACCGAUGGUUCGGUUAGCUACGUAGAUUUCCUCUGCCACGUGCACAAAGAGAUUCGACAAAUGCUGAGCUAG